UAAAGAAAAUCUAUAAAUCUAGUACAUGUAGGUGCUUGCUUUACUUUUGUUAAGCUUCAAUAUACUUGAAACGUAGCCAGACAUUAUAGUUAGGUUUGGCCUAUGUUCAGGGAUAUUUCAAAAAUAUUGAACUAUAAAUUUUAGCAUUAACUUUGCCAGUGAUUUUGCCUUUACAUUCUUGGAUGACAUUUGUGUGUCAGGAUUAGUGUUCAUUCCCAUCGCUUCUAGUGGUGACCAUGCACCAUAACUUUAUCUCACAGUUUCUUGUGUGGGCUAGUGUGAUUUAAAGCAUUAAUUUUGUUAUAUCUUGGUAAUUAUUAUCUGCUACUUUUUUGAAAAUAAUCAUUCUUUUGGGCUGUUAGGAAAUUUCUGACCAUCUCGAAAUGUUCUUUGUAAAUAUGCAUAUUAAAUACUCAGUCAUUAAAAAAAUUGUGGAAUUGUGAAUACUCGUGUGCCAAUUUUAUGAAGGGGCGCAUCGCUGUUUGUCAUAAUGUUGGAGCAACAGUGUUAAUUCUAUUUUCCUAGCUUAAGCCCAGUUUUCAUGAAGAAUAGUCUGGGAAUAGAAUCUGAAGUAACUCGUACCUUUCUCUCCCUUCCACCAACUUCUCAAUAGGACUUCCGGAUCGAUGGAGUUUCAAGUGCCAUUUUUUUUUUACACAAAUACAAUAGUGACAAACAUCUAUACAUAGGGCAGUAUUUUUAAUGUGGAGGAGAGGAGCAAAAUUUGUGGUGAGAUUGCAGGAGAAAUAGUGAAAUUUAUCAUACUAUAGUUUACAAUGAGAGUUUCUUGGCUGUGGGUUUAUUUCUUUACUGCUCUAAAAAAAAAUCUACCAAGUAUGAAGCAGUGUCACAAAUAACUAGAAUUUAACUAAACAUGUAUUAUGGCACACAUUUUUAAAACUGAAAGUUAUAUUUAUAAAGUAGCAAAAUUCUGAGAUUGUAAUCAAUACCGUUAAAUGAGAUCAAUAUAUCAAUUUAAAAGGAGGGAAAAUAUGGAAAAAUUUUGACAAUAAUAAAAAUUUACCAAAAUUUGAUAAAAAUCCGAAUUUUUUUUUUUUUUUUUUCUUAUUUUUGCAUAAAAAAUAAUUUUUGUGACAUUUGGACACCGUAAAAUACGCAUACUCGUAAUUAAGUUAAGUUGCACAAAUACUCUUUUGCUAGAAUCUUUGUUUUUAGCGAAACUUAGAUGGUAUUAUACCACAAAUUUAAAUUUUCGUCCUCAUUUCACAACAGAAUAAAGUAUUCCUUUUCUUCAAUUUCUUAUAUUUGUAUUAGGGAGUAUUGCAUAUUAGAAGCUGCGGAAAACGAAUGUUUAUUGCCAUGAAAAUUUUUAUUGUCAAAAGUUAACGAUUCGUGCUGCUUUGUCUUAUUGUCAAAAAGUGGUAGGAAUACAUCAAACCCACUUAUUAACUUUCGCGUUUUGGCAGGGCGUCGAUCCGUGACGUCAUGUUUUGAAGUUUGAACUCCUUUUGGGUUUGAGGUCGACCCAUUUGCAGACCGGUUUCUUGCAUCUUCGUCGCUCUCUCACUUGCUCAUUCAUUUACUCAGUCAGUAUUCGCUAUGGUCAGCUGACGGCACAGAAUGAACGGCGAACGCCAAAGGAAUUACGGAUGCCACGCGAACCUUCUAGUGAAUAUAAUCAUCUUGCUCAUAUUUACGAGAUGUGGUAUAACGUCGGCAGACGAAGCUUAUAUAGGUCUUCCUUUGGGAAAGCUAAACACAUAUGCCCAUCAAGUAACUGGUCAUGUAUAUGCAGUAGAUGAGCACACAUUAUUGAUCAAGAACUUUUUCUAUGAUGGCCUUGGACAAGAUACUUUCUUCUGGGCUGGUUCUACUGUGCGUCCAAGUAAUAUUGGAUUCAUUGUUCCUGAUGAAGAAGGAAGAACAAACAGGCUCCAGAGGUAUGUGAAUGAAGAUGUGACCUUGAAACUGCCAGAUAACCGAAAAUUAUCGUCAAUAAAAUGGCUCGCUGUCUGGGACCUUAGAGAACAUAAUAAUCUGGCUGAUGUAUAUAUUCCGGAAGGUCUAGAACCUCCUUCACCGCAGAGAAUUUCUGAAAUGAGCAGAAAUUCUCAUGGGGUACAAUCCGACGGUGUAGUUGUUGAAGAUUCGAAGACCAUCACCAUACUGAAUUUGUUUUAUGAUGGCAAUGAAACAGAUGUAUAUUUUUGGGCAGGUGUAGGCCCUCAACCAACACCUUUCGGUCAGAAAAUACCCGAUGAAAAGGGCUACUUGAACUCAUUAACAAAGUAUACUGGCAAGGAUGUUACUCUGAGGCUCCCAGGAAAGUUAACUAUGGAUGACAUUGAUUGGCUGAGCAUUUACAAUGUAAGAAAGCAAGAGAACUAUGGGUCCACUGUCAUUCCGGAUAAAUUGAACAUUCCACCUUCCCUGAUACAUGUCAUAGAACACGAGUCUCCUCUGCCAAAUUGUGAACAACUGCAUAGAGACCUAAUGUUGAGCUGGGAAAUAUUCGGACCUGCUAUAACUUUUGAGCUUGCUGCGCAGAUCGAUGAAGAUGAAUACAUGGCCGUUGGUAUUAGCGGUUCAGACAAUAGUUCUCAGAUGAUUGGUUCUGAUGUGGCAGUAGCUUAUAUGGACGGUCUUUUGGGUAUUACAGCUGAUUACAAUAUUUCGGGGAAAUUUCCGUGUUCUAAUGUUCUGGGCAAAAAUGGUGGUGUAUGUCCAGAUGAAAAAGUUGGAGGUGUUCCAAAUGGUUACCAAAUACAUACUUAUGUUCGAAAAGACGGCAUCACCGUCAUCACUUACAGGAGGAAUCUACUAAAUACAGAGGACAGUGGUGAUAAAGUAUUUAAUCAGGAAGGAGACACGUACCUGAUAUGGGCAGUUGGAAAGUACAAUUCUUUCAAAGAGCCAACUUAUCACAGACUGGUCCUUAGAGGAGAUCUAAAACUGAACUUGGGUCGGAAACCAGGCGUUAAAAAUUGUGAACCUUUCACACGCUCUCGAACGAAAGCGACAGAGAAAUCUUGGGGCCCUCUCAGGAUUCGAGAUCCUCAGGUGACUACCUUCACUGUUAGAGUUGGAGUUCCCGGUGGAAUGAAGGGAUACUCUGGUAUCACAGGUCGAUCAUCUCCUGGAGUUGCAUGGUACGUAAACGGUCUUCUCAGCCCUGAACUAUAUUUAAGGAGAAAUCGAAGGUACACUUUUAUUGUAGAAGGAGGAAGCGAUCCUUACAACGCUCGUUUCUAUCAUCCAUUCUAUAUAACUGAUGAUCCACACGGUGGUUAUGCUAAAUACUCAGAAGAAGAAAGACAGGGUAAGAAAAUCUACGCUGGCGUGGAAUUCGAUCGUAGAGGUCGACCACACCCAUCGGCGGCUGGCCGCCUAUGCUCUUGGGUGCACAAUACUUCUCACCGUUACUCCGUGGACGAUUAUCCAACAUAUCCAAAAUUUCGGAAUUCUUUGAUGCUGAAAUGCUCUGAAGGAGAACCAUCCGUCCUACAUUUUACACCCAAUGUGAGUGCUCCAGAUCUUCUGUACUACCAAAGCUACACUCAACGAGAUAUGGGCUGGAAGAUCUUUAUUGUCGAUGAGAUCAUCAAUGCAGCACCUUCUUCGUUGCAUAUUUCAAUGAUUUCAGUCAUUUCGUGCGUUGUAACUGUGCUCUUGUGGACAGGAAUUCGAGAGAAUGUAUUUUAAUUUGUAAUAUAUUUUAUGAAAAUAAAUUUUUAUUUAUUAGUUA